UGAAAAAAGAAAAAAACCUAUGCACGUCGAUAGAGCAUCUCUGAACAAGAUGUGUCGCACGUUUUUAGUUUUGUUAAACUUUUGAAACGUUGUUUGGAUUAUUCACGAAGGUUAAAUGUAUACAUCGGGUAACUUUUCGGCUCGUAAUAGCCAUUUUUACAACGCUUUAUUUUAGUUAAUUUGAUGCGCAACUGGAGGCCUAGCACCGAUCACCAACGCCCAUCAGGCCAACGUUCGAGAUUUAAGCUAACUAACGUUAGCUGACGUCAAGCUCUAGCUACUUCACGGUACCAGUGCAAACAUACUGAAUUUCCAGCUGUACCUCCUGGAAGGCCUGGACAGGUGGAACCAGGAUUCAGGGACUGCGGCGGUGACCAGCAGGCCGUCAUCCCUCCUCACCUACGCCGGGACUCUGUCAACACCAACAGCCUGAAGGUGUUUGGCCGGACAUUUGUUCCAACCUGCCAAAUACACUGAUAUGAUGCCUCUUUUGCACAACUAUGUUACCGUGGAUACAGACAUGCUCCUGUCCAACCCUAAACACUUAGAGGUCAUCUACAGCAUGUGCAAAAAGGUGCUGACCAUCGAUGCAGGUGAGGACGCACAGUUUCACGCUGCCAAACUGUUGGAGGUCAUCAUCCUGCAGUGCAGAGGCAGAGGCAUUGACCAGUGCAUCCCUCUUUUUGUGGAAGCAGUUUUGGAGCGUUUGAUGCGGGGGGUGAAGUCCAGUGAGCUGAGGACCAUGUGCCUGCAGGUGGCCAUCGCUGCUCUUUACUACAACCCAGCCCUACUCACUCACUCUGGAAAACAUGCACUUCCAGCUCAACCCUCAGCCCAUCACCACCCACUUCAUCAACCAGUGGAUGAAUGACACAGAGUUCUUCCUGGGGCUCCAUGACCGUAAGAUGUGCAUCAUCGGCCUGAGCGUGCUGAUAGAGCUGCCCAGUCGGCCGGCAGUGCUGGAGGGAGUCGCCGCCCAGAUUGUCCCCUCCAUCCUGCUCCUGUUCCUGGGCCUCAAACACCUCUACGCAUCCCGCCUUGUCAACAAACCAGACCUGCUGGCCCAUGCAUGGGCACAGGAAGAAGACCAGAAUGGUGAGAAAAGAUGGGCAUGGACAGAACAAGGACGACGUUAGGAAAGUAAAAAAAAAACGGAGUUGGGAAGAUGGAGUGCAGGACAGAGGCAAAGGGACUAAUGUAGAAUGAAUACAGACAGAAAGAAAUUCGAGAGAAGAAAAGAAAUAGGCUUAGUGAUGAUAGUGAAAUGAGAUUCUCAAUUUUUGCCAACAUCAGAUCUCCCACUACUUGAAUCUUCAUUCAGCUCUGAGCUGAGCUCAAAUGAACUGCACCACAUUUACUUUCUCUUCCCCACAGGCUCUUACUUUGCUUCAGUCAAGCGUAAAGGAAUUUGAUUCCCAAACCUUGUCUACUGCUUGUGGGGCAGACUGAUGAAUUAAAGGAGAAUUCAGGCCAAUUUUUACGUUAGUCUUGAUCGCAAUA